AUGACUGACCAAAAUAUUUUAGAUAAAUCUAUGAGGAGUGUUUUCGUGGGAAACAUUCCGUACGAGGCCACUGAAGAAAAGUUGAAAGAUAUAUUUAGUGAAGUAGGACCAGUCAUAUCAUUCAAGCUGGUAUAUGACCGAGAAACGGGUAAACCCAAAGGUUAUGGAUUCUGCGAGUACAAAGAUCAAGAAACUGCGCUUAGCGCUAUGCGAAAUCUUAACGGAUAUGAAAUUGGUGGACGUACUCUACGCGUUGACAACGCUUGUACCGAAAAGUCUAGACUUGAAAUGCAGUCUUUAAUGAUGGGAAUGCCUACUUCAGAAAAUCAUUAUGGUGAAGCUGUAAGUGCAGAAAAAGCGCCAGAAGCCAUAAGCACUGCGGUUGCAUCUUUACCACCAGAACAAAUGUAUGAGCUCAUGAAACAAAUGAAAGCAUGCAUUCAGAAUAAUCCAACUGAAGCUAGAAACAUGUUGCUUCAGAAUCCUCAGCUUGGAUACGCAUUGUUACAAGCACAAAUAAUAAUGAAAAUAGUGGAUCCUCAAGUUGCUGCUAGUAUGUUACAAUCUUCAAACCAAGUUCCAGCCACUUCAAUACCCAACACUUCUGCGACUACAACAGCGACCGUCAAUCCAAUGCCUCAUAUGCCCAAUAAUGAUAACAAUGUAUGGGCACAACCCAAGUCUUCAAUUCCUCUAAUGCCCCAGCCCCAUGUUGAAGACAUGGACUUGAGACAAGUAAAUUGUGGCCGUGUAAUGGACCAAGAUUUAAGACAACCUCCAAUUCAAAUACCAAUCACUCAACCAUUGCCAUCAGUGCCAGUUGAAUCUUCUGUUCCACCACCAUUACCAGUGUCAAGAGACCCUCGUGCACCAGUAUCAAUGGAUUCGGAUAUUCGAACUUACACAAGGGAUCCCAGGGCAAACAAUAGUAAUGCAGCAUCAACAGGAACACAAAUGCCUUCUCAGGCUGUUCAGCAACCUGCUCGACCACAGGUUAUGCAACAACCGCCCAAACCUGGAGCUUCUACAGAUACAGAAAAGGCUGCUUUAAUCAUGCAAGUGUUACAAUUAACUGAGGAACAAAUAUCAAAACUGCCUGCAGAACAGCGAAAAAGCAUACUUGUCUUGAAAGAGCAAAUAGCCAAGUCCGCCCAGAGAUAA